GAACACAACAUGAGCAUGAACUCUUUCCCAACCAAGUUCCAGUCCAAAGUAGAGAUGGCCAAGAGCAUGAUGGAGGAGGAGAAACUCUACAGGUAUAAUGGUGUACUGUAUCCUGUUAUCAUAAGCCCUGAGGAGAAUCUCCGAGCUUUGGAGACUGUAGAGGCACGGAGCAAUGAUAUAAUGCUGGUGGCUUAUCCAAAAUGUGGGUUUAACUGGAUGGUCGCAAUUCUGCGCAAAAUCAUAACAGCUGGCACCGGAGAGAAAGUAGAAUCCAAGAUGCCACCUCUACUGGAAUUCUUUGGACCAGAAACACUGCAGUUACUUCACCACGUCCCAUCUCCACGAUUACUGGGGACCCACAUGCAUCCUGAUAAAAUACCACAUUCUUUCUACCAAAAGAAAACUAAGAUGCUGGUUGUUUUCCGCAACCCAAAGGACACGUUGGUCUCAUUUUAUCACUUUUCAAACAAGAAUCCAGUUUUGCCAACUGCUGAGACCUGGGAUCAGUUCUUCGUGGAUUUUAUAAGCGGUGAAGUUCCAUGGGGCUCCUACUUUGACCAUGCUCUUGCCUGGGAAAAGCGCAUGUAUGACUCAAACAUCAUGAUCAUCACAUUUGAGGAACUCAAGCACGACCUCAGUGGAAGUGUUCAGAAGGUGGCAGAGUUUUUUGGCUUUAAAUUAACUGAUGCUCAGAUAGAGAUGAUUGCAGGAGAGAGUACCUUUGAUGCCAUGAAAAAAGGCUCCAAAGAUUCUCAUGGCCAGAUGGGAAAUGUCUUUUUCAGGAAAGGUGAAGUUGGAGACUGGAGAAACCACUUCAGUCAGGCCCAGAGUGAGCAAAUGAAUGCUGCAUUUGAGAAGCACCUUGGAGGGACAAAACUGGGAGCCAGACUAAAUUAUGAUAUGUAUUGCAAAUGAAGAAGAGAAACCAGGCACUAUAGUGCAGCAGGGGAUGAUACCUCAGGGAACAUGAGUAUUUGAUGUACAGGAGAAAAUCUUUUUUUCCUUUUACAGAUUAAGUAUAUCCAUAUGAUUGAAACCAGUUCGGCAAAGAUAAGACAGGUUAAUAACACAUGGUUACACUAUACACUAUAUAGCUAAAUGUAUGUGGACACUUGACCCUCACACCCUUAUGUGGUUCUUCCCCAAACUGUUGUCACAAAGUUGGAAGCACACAAUUGUCUAGAAUAUCUUUGUACGCUGUAUCAUUAAGAUUACCUUUCACUGGCACUAAGAGACCCAAACGAUUUCCCACGACAAUCCACAGAUCUCAGCUUCAUUAAACAACUUUGGGAUGAAUUGGAAUGACGGCUGUAUACCCGGCCUCCUCGCUCAACAUCAGUCCCCAAUCUCUUCCCCUCUCAUGGCUGAAUGGAUAUAAAUCGUCACAGCCACAUUCCAAAAUCUAGUGGAAAGUUUGAUCAGAAUGCAGGCUGUUAAAGCACCAAAAGGGUGACCAACUAAUUAUUAAUACCCAUGGAUUUGGAUGUUCAAUGCUAAGUUGUUGGUUUUUUUGGCUAUAUCAUGUAUGCCACCAUGGUUCUGUGACUAAGUAGAAGACCUGCAGGGAAGUUAAUUUUGAACCUAGGGGAAAUUAACACUUUUUAGCAAAAUGUCUUCCAAAAAUUUUCAUACUUAGUUUACAUUAUACAUUUUAACAGAUAGACUUUAAGAAUGUUUUUGACAAAAGAAGAACCAAAUCAUUCUCAUGACUGGACUGGGAAGCUGCCGUAAGGUUGCAAUGGACAUGCAAUUACAUGCAAAACACCAGAUGUGUUAACACGAGAUCAUCAUGAGUGAGAGGGACAAGAAUGUGUGUGUUUACAAAGAAAUGGCAAUCAUGUAUAGGAUGUUUUGUAAAUAAAGUUACAUUUUGCUAAAAAGUGAUAAUUUCCACUAUGUAUGGAGACUUCUGGGACACCCUGUAUUUCGUUAUGAUAUGGACUGUCAAGGUUUUCCUUUAUAACUAUUGAUGUGUUGGUACUGUACCUUGCUAGACAAUAACAGGCAGCACUCAUAAAUAGUACGACUACAGUACAUUAUUCGUGUUAUCCAUUCAGGG